CAAAAAAAUUCAUCAAAUCCCAAACGUACUAGUUUCAAACUCGUAACCUUUAACUUGUAAAAAAAGAAGCUCAUAACCUUAAGAACAACAAAUCCCAGAACUAAAUUCAUCCAAUUAUAAAGAAAAUUCUUCUAUUAAUUUAUCAAAUCCAAUAACCUUCAAUCAAUCUCAAGCACUAUUUCAGAAAAUUCGUUAAAUUCAAGUUGGUAAAUGGUAGAUAUGGUUGUGUUGAGGGUGAUUGGUGGAAGAAGGUAGCGGUAGAUUUAGAUUUGAGAGAGGAAGUUGAGACGUUGAGAUCUCGCGGUGGUUUUGGAGUCGCAGAUCCAAGUUGAGACGCUCACGAAUUUGUACUCUUAUCGUUAUCCUUCCACAUUUUCCAAUUUGUUAUUAGAUUGUGGUUUUGAAGCAAAAAUGAGUAAUGGCGAAAAAGACAAAGAAAAUGAAGCGUGUUCAGUGGUAGUUGAAAAAGUAGGAGGUAGAUCAUCGGUGAUAAGGUGUCUAUCAAGAUAUCCCCUCAAGUUCAUCACACCCAAAAAGGUUGGUCCUUCAAAAAUUGAUGCAGUAUGGGUUUAUGCUCUCAAUUAUGGAGGUGGAAUUGUAUCUGGUGAUCAUAUUUCGUGCAAGUUUUCUGUUGGAGAUGCUUGCACCAUGGUGUUCACUACCCAAGGUUCUACUAAGGUCUACAAAUCUGUGGGAUCUAAGUGUUCUCAACAAAUAUUAGAGGCUAGAGUAGGAAGCAAUGCGCUUUUAGCCAUCAUUCCGGAUCCCGUAACAUGUUUUUCCACUGCAAGAUAUUAUCAGAAACAAGUCUUCACCGUUUCUGCAGACUCAAAUUUGGUUAUUGUUGAUUGGAUUACUAGUGGGCGCCAUGAAAGUGGAGAAAAAUGGGAUUUUGAUCUAUAUAGAAGCACCAAUAAUAUAUUCUUCGACGAUGGUCAACCUUUGUUUCUAGAUACGAUGUUACUAGAGAAAGAAAAACUUGGCCGUGUAAAGGAACACAUGCUGGACUACCAAGUAAUUGCAAUGAUUGUACUUCUAGGGCCAAAGAUGCAGUAUGUCCAGAGUCUAGUGCAAGAGCGCGUGAAAAUAAUUAUGUCAGAGCAAUUACAGAAUCCUUCUGCUGCAUUUAGUCACAAAAAAAACAAGGCUGACUGUUUCAUGACAAAGCCAACUUUCGUGGCUUCUUGCAGUGUCUUUGGUCCUAAGAAAAUUGGUCUUAUUGUUCGAGUGGCUUCUGUGACAACUGAAUCCGUUUACAAGUUUCUUCGACAUCAAUUGGCUCCAUUGGAGCCAAUGAUCGGGGUACCACCUUACAGGUAGAGUGAAGUGUUAUUGGAGUAAAACAUAAUGGUAAUUGCUAUGUAUAAUUAUUAUACAUUGUUUCUAUUCAAUGUAUAUUAUAAAUUUAAGGCAUCGAAAUUCCCUUCUAUUUAAAAUGGUGCUAUACUUCAUCUAACUAAAACAUAUUGUAUAACAUCUCUUGCCUUGCUGUCAUAA